GAAAAAGAUAAUAAAGUUGACUUUUCGGAUUUGCCAAGUUGUUUACGAUUAUUUUGUUUGUGAAUAGUAAUACUGAAAUAAAUAAAAAAUAUGGCCAGCAGACCGGAAGACCAUCGAAGAAAAUGGGACAAGGAGGAAUACGAACGACUGGCAGAAGAAAGAUUGCAGGAGGAACGAGGCAAAGAUGACGAAGAUCCUAAGAAGAAGGGGCCCCCCGUCAAACGGGAACUCUUGAAAAUUCGAGAAUACAAAGUGGAUCUCGAUUCGAAACUCGGCAAGAGUAUCGUAAUAAAUAAGAAUACCCCAACAUCCCAGUCCGGAGGCUACUACUGCAAUGUUUGUGAUUGUGUAGUGAAAGAUUCGAUAAAUUUUCUUGACCACAUCAACGGCAAGAAGCACCAGCGCAAUUUGGGGAUGUCGAUGAAAGUCGAAAGGAGCUCCUUAGACUCCGUGAAGAAAAGGAUCGAAGCAAACAAAAAGAAACUAGAAGAAAAAAAGAAAGAUUACGAUUUGGCAUCGCGGUUGCAGGAGUUGGCAGAGGAGGAAGAGAAGUUGAAAGAAUACAAAAAAGACAAGAGGAAGGAGAAAAGGAAAGCUGAGGAAAUGGCCGAGGAGCAGGAGCCCCCAAAUGAACUGGCUAAGAUAAUGGGGUUUUCGGGAUUUGGUUCAUCUAAAAAAGGCAAAUAAAGGAGUUUUCGAUGAAUGGAUGUUUUUAAUUUACAAACAAAUAGUAAUUUAUAUAAGUGAUUAAAAUAUUGUACAUUAA